AAUGUCAAAUACCCCUCUUAAAUUUGCCUUAAUUACUGGUGCUAAUUCUGGUAUUGGUUUACAUUUGGCCAAGUCUCUUUUUGCUUCAGGCAAUUUUUCUUCGAUUGUAUUGGCUUGUAGAGAUGAGAAAAGGGCGAAUUUGGCUAUUGAAGAAAUUAAGAAAUCUGUCAAGGAUGUGAAGGAAUUGACUACUAAUUUGAAUUAUUUGCAGUUAGAUUUGUCCAGUAAAACUUCAGUUGAACAAUUUGUCAAAAAUUUUUGUGAAGUUUGUCCCAAAAAUUGUCUCAAUUUGCUGGUUAACAAUGCUGGAAUUAUGGGGCAUCCUUACCAGUUAUCACCUGACGGCGUCGAACUUCAUUAUGCUACCAACCAUUUGGGCCAUUUUCUACUCACCAAUUUAUUGCUCAAAAAUCAAAUGUUUGAACGAUUUGCUCGUAUUUUAAUUUUGACCUCUUCUCUAUAUGAAAGGUUUCCUUAUCUUUUAAACGUGGAAGAUUUAAAAUCUCCAACUCCAUUAUAUUCAGCAAAUGAUUAUUAUUCUCUUAGUAAAUAUGCCAAUUUUUUGCAUGCAGUUGGUUUAGCUAAACAAUUUAAAGAAGACAACGUAGAAAUUAAAGUUGUAUCGAUCAGCCCCGGUUUUGUCCGUGGAACACAACUUGGAAGACAUACAAAUUAUUUUUUGAGGACCUUGGCAACACCCUUAAUUUGGUGGGUAUUUCAACACUUCUUCAUUGCAUUAAUUCUCCCUAUUCUGAACUUGAAUCAGGCAAAUUAUAUAAAAAUUGUAUGGUCAAAGAAUUACCGGUUUUGGAAUUUACUAUGCAUGAACUCGUGUCCAAUGAAUUGUUUGAUAUGGCUGAAAAAUUGUUAAAA